UUGCAGCCCCAACGUGCCUGAUUAAACUGAGUCCUCUGGCAGACACUGCUUGAUCCCGGAUAGUGACAAGCCUCACAAACUGUUUCAUUUUCGAGAAAAGGGAACGAGCUGACAGACAACAUGGCUGUGGCAGGAUGCACGAAAUGCAUUAAAUACAUGUUGUUUUUAUUUAAUUUUAUUUUCUGGCUGGCUGGAGGCGUAAUCUUGGGUGUGGCCUUGUACCUCCGCAAUGACAGUCAAACCAGCAACCUCCUUAUUCUGCAGUUUGAAGGCCACCAGGCACCAGGAACCUUCUAUAUCAGUGUGUACAUACUGAUAGCUGUUGGUGCUGUGAUGAUGCUCGUGGGCUUCCUCGGUUGUUACGGUGCCAUACAGGAGUCUCAGUGCCUCUUGGGAACGUUCUUCUUCUUCUUGGUGAUUCUCUUUGCUUGCGAAGUGGCCGCAGCCAUCUGGGGUUUCAUGAACAGGGACACGAUCUCCAAAGAACUGAUCAACUUCUACGACUCCGCGUACAUCAAGGCUGUGGACGUCUCAGGGUCUCCCAGUAAAGACGCAGCCAUCAAGGUGCUGGAUGCUUUCCACACUACGCUCGACUGCUGCGGUAAAGGAGACGACACUCCUCUCUUCACACAAGUUACCAGCACCUUGUGUCCAAAGAAGACUCCGGAAGAUUUUCUGAGAUCCCAGAGCUGUCAUGAUAAACUGAUCGAGCUGUUCUCAGACAAACUCUACGUGAUCGGUCUGGCUGCCUUGAUUGUCGCUGUCAUCAUGAUCUUCGAGAUGAUCUUCACCAUGGUGCUUUGCUGUGGGAUCCGCAACAGCCCUGGAGUGUACUAGAAGACCAGCCAAACAAGCUCUUAUUUCAUGAAGUCUCUCCAUUCAUCCACCCCCUCUUUUUCUAAUGGAACAACUCUAAGAAUAAUUCUAUUUUUAUUAUAGUUAAGGAAAAAACACAUUUUUAGUAUUUCUAAUCCAUCAACUCGUAUCUUUCUUACGGACAGAUUGAGCUUCUGUAUGUCAGAUUUUCUUUAUUUAUCACUACAUAUCAAUAUUUUAUACAUACAGUGUGUUGUGACAUUUUUCUCUUAAGUCCUUGGACUUAAUGCUGACUCGUGUAAAAAUUGUGUAUAUACUUGUCACAGGCUAAUAACACUAGGGAGAGUCCAUGUGUUCCCUGAUUUAGAGUUGUGAUGCUUCUCUCAGCAUUAUUACAGUGUUAUAAUAUAAGUAGCAGGGUUUCAGUGAAUUUAGGUAAUGUUGUGUCUUACUAUAAUCAUUAUCUGAAUGACAAGUUAGCCAGUGUGUGUGUGUGUGUGUGUGUGUGUGAGUGUGUGUGUCUCUUCUUUGUGGAAACGUGACAAAAAGAGUGACGUCUGCUCACUCAACCUGUUUUAAUAACACUAAUGUGAUAAAUUAUUUUCCACUUUCUUUCUUUUUGUGGGUGGAGUAUCCACAAAGCAUUGCACAACCGUUGGUUUUGCAUACUUCUCCUUUUGAUGAUGCAACAUCUCAUUCAUCACGUUUGUUAGUUUCCAACACUUAAAUCAUUUCAUUUGAAGAUUCUUAGGGGCCUUAUGAAAGAAGAAAGUAUUUUGCAAACAAAUGGAAAGUAAGGAAAUAAAUAAUUUUUUUUGAA